CGGCAGGUGGGUUUGUGACGCAGUCUGCGUUGGACAGGGGAGGGGUGGGGGAAUGUUUCUGAUGCUUUAAAAACAUCCUGGGCCACCGCAGAAAAUUCUGAUCCUGGAGCCAUUCGAGUCCUGUCUCACAGCUGAGUUCGUCUGGACACCAUGAACGAAGAGUCAUUGACUGGCAUCUCUUCACUGUACUCCAGCACCUUCGCCCAAGUAAUCUUUGUCAACGUAGAAAAGCAGUACACGACAGACGUCGCUGUGAAAUGCAAUUACACUCUGACUCCCAGGAUCACACCCCAUAAGAAUGACUGGAUUGGAAUUUUCAAGGUUGGAUGGAGUACUGCUCGAGAUUACCACACAUUUGUUUGGGCCCCUCUCCCGAAGCAGGCCGGUCAGGUGGAACGCCAGCAGCAGGUAACGUUCGAAGCUUAUUAUCUUCCAAAGGACGACAAUGACUUUUACCAGUUCUGCUACGUCACCCAGAAGGGAGAGAUUCGAGGGGCCAGCACGCCCUUUGGGUUCCGGCUAGCAAACCACGGCGUCCCUGACCAUUCGGAAGGUGAUUCCAGCCAAGAGAUGCUGAUCAUCACCACGCAGGAAAAACUGGAAGAAACGGAGAGGGAGAAAGAUGAAUUGAGGGAGAACAAUCAGAUGCUGACCACGGAAAACACGGAGUUGAGGGGAAAGAUCAAAGAGCUGGAAACGCAGGCGGUGAGAGAGAGGGAGGAGAAUUCUGCAGCACUGAAGGUGAAUCAGAAAGCGGUGUUGGAACUCGAGGAACAAGUACGGGAACAGAAGCUGAAGUCUGAGUUGGAACUGAAGGCCCGGAGUGAGAAGGAGGAACAGCUCAGAACGAUCCUGACUGAGAAGGAGGUGGCUUGUUUAAAUGUGCAGGCGGAAAAGCAGGACCUGCUGGCCCAGGUGGAGUCAGCCCAGGCCUCGCUGGAGCAGCUGAAACAGAAGAACGAGAAGGACAGGGACAAGCUGAGACAGCUUCAGCAAGAGAACGAGAGGGUCAGGGCGGAGAAUGGCGCCAAGGAGGACGAGCUGGCAAGCCUGACGGAAGUGAAGAACGAAUCGGAGGGCGAGUUGAAGGCGGCGCAGGAGCGACUCCAGCUCGUUCAGUGUGACUUUGAAACCCAAAAGAAAGAAAACUUGGCGUUGAAGGAGGAUCUGAUGAAGUUGGCCGAGGUGCAGAAUCAGCAGCAGAGUUGCCUGGCGGAGAUUUCCCAAUUGCGCCACGCCCUCAGCAAGUCCGAGGAACUGAAGGCGUCCAACGCCAACGCUGUGGAGAAGCUCCAGGAGCAAGUGGGGAAUCUGCAGCAGUGCCUGAAGAACAUGGAGACGCAAGUGCAGUCGGCCCAGCAGCAGCAGGUUCAGACCAUGGUCGAGCUGAAGGUCGCUCGGGCCAGUCAGGAGCAGAGCCAGAAGAGCCUCUGUGAGGCCCAACAGGAGAUCCAGCACUGGAAGAGCAAAUUCGAGAAGGUCGACGAAAUCUUUUCAAAGAAUGAGGGGAAGUGCACGGAGCUAGCAUGUGAGCUGGACCUGAAGACCCGUUCCUUGGAAGUUCGCGAUGCGGAGGUGGCUGGGUUGCAAGAGGACGUCGAGAGACUGACUAAGAUGAUUGACGAGUUGAGGCUCGGUACAAGCCAUCAGAGUGGAGCAUUUGAAUUGCAACACGCCAACCCUUACAGCGGGAACGUUCCAACAGCACCUUCUGCCCAUCCGGAGCUCCUGUUCGGCAACCCGUACUUCGAGAGAGAUUUCCCAGAACCAGUGGAUCAAUUUGUUGAUGUCCAGCAAGACCUGAAUGCCUUGGAGAAUUCCCAGGACGCUGAAGAGGAUCUAUCCCUGAUCAGUCAGAAGUGCCCGGUCUGUUUCUUCCCGUUCGACCCAGCCAUGGACCAAUCCGUGAUGGACCAGCACAUCUCGACGCACUUUGACCACGAGUGUCCCAUUUGUCUGCUGCAUUUCCCGGAGAACCAGCAAACCCAGUACGCGCAGCACGUCGAAUCUCACUUCGCGGCGACCAACUGAGAGACACGGCGCACACGCACAUGAGUUCUGCUUUGCGAAGUGGCUAAACAUUUCCGCUAUUAAUUUUAAUUUUUUUGUGUGUGUGUGUUUCAUUCUGCCUGGGCAAUAAAAUGUAGCCUUUUGCAGUCGGGGAAUACUGCACUGUCAAAGGGCUCGGCCACUGCUGCCCUCAUCCCAGCCGUAAAGAGUUCAAAGUCAGUUUAUUGUCAAGCUACGUCCAUGUUGACCUACACCACCUUGAGUUUCGUUCCCUUGCAUUUGCGGGAAAAUCAAGGAAAUAAAGUGGAGUUUAUUAAAGAUUAUGCAUAAGGAAGGAUUGGCAAGCAUCCAAGGAGCAGAAGGAGACAAGUAAAAAGUGAGUGAAAACAGUUGUAGAGUUCUUGCAAGUUGGCCUGCAUAGGUUGAGGUGGGUGAAGUUAUCCGCGCUGAUGGUUGUAUGAUAGUAACUGUCCCUGAACCUGGUGGUGUGGGUCCUGAGGCUCUUGUACCUCCUUCCUGAUGGUUGAGGGGUAAUAACUGUUUCUGAACCUGGUGAUGUGGGUCCUGAGGCUCCUGUACCUCCUUCCUGAUGGUUGAGGGGUAAUAACUAUUCCUGAACCUGGUGGUGUGGGACCUGAGGCUCCUGUACCUCCUUCCUGAUGGUUGAGGGGUAAUAACUGUUCCUGAACCUGGUGGUGUGGGUCCUGAGGCUCCUGUACCUCCUUCCUGACGGUUGAGGGGUAAUAACUGUUCCUGAACCUGGUGGUGUGGGUCCUGAGGCUCCUGUACCUCCUUCCUGAUGGUUGAGGGGUAAUAACUGUUCCUGAACCUGGUGAUGUGGGUCCUGAGGCUCCUGUACCUCCUUCCUGAUGGUUGAGGGGUAAUAACUGUUCCUGAACCUGGUGGUGUGGGUCCUGAGGCUCCUCUACUUCCUUCCUGAUGGUUGAGGGGGUAUUAUCUGUUCCUGAACCUGGUGGUGUGGGUCCUGAGGCUCCUGUACCUCCUUCCUGAUGGUUGAGGGGUAAUAACUGUUCCUGAACCUGGUGGUGUGGGUCCUGAGGCUCCUGUACCUCCUUCCUGAUGGUUGAGGGGUAAUAACUGUUCCUGAACCUGGUGGUGUGGGAGCUGAGGCUCCUGUAUCUCCUCCCUGAUGGGUGAGGGGUAAUAACUGUUCCUGAACCUGGUGGUGUGGGAGCUGAGGCUCCUGUACCUCCUUCCCAAUGACAGCGGUGAGAAGAGAGCACGGCCUGGGCGGUGGGGGUCAUUGAUGAUGGAUGCUGCUUUCCUGUGGCCAUGCUCCUUGUAGGUGUGCUCGGUGGUGGUGGAGAGGGCUUCACCCGCGAUGGACUAGGAGAGAUGAGAUUGACGUGGAUGGUAGGGGUGGAGAUACGCCUGCACCAAAGGAGGUGUGAGGUGCGCCUUCCCUCUGCUAGCCUGCAGGCCACCCUUGGGCAAGGUGCAUGUAGUACCUGCGUAGCCUUAUCCCCCUGAUCAGCGUCACGAUGGGAGCAGGUGGUGGACGGUCAUAUGUGCAGCCAGUGCAGAUCACAAGUGCUGGUCAUGCGACCACUGGAAGUCAGUGAGACCCCCUCUCACUGCUCCCGCUCUGUGAUUUCUGCUGCCUUCCAACUCUUAGACCUCCGGUAUUCCCCCCCCCCCACCCUUCCCUCUUCUUCAAUUCCCCACUCUUGGCUUCUUACCUCUUCUCGUCACCUCCAUGGUGUGAGUGACCCUCCUCUUUCCCUUUCUCCCGUGGUCCAUUCUCUUCUCCUCUCAGAUUCCUCCUUCUCCGGCCCUUUGCCUUUCCCCUCCGUCGCCUCCCAGCUUCUCACUCUAUCAGCCCCUUGGCUUGUCCUGUCGUCUUCUAGCUUGUCUACCUUCUCGGUCCGGAUGAAGGGUCUCGGCCCAAAACUUCGACUGUCUAUUCAUUUCUAUAGAUGUUGCCUGACCUGAUGAGUUCUUCCAGCAUUUUGUGUGUGUGUGUGUGUGUUGCUCUGUAAAGCAAAGAUGCUUUCAAAAAUAAUGAGCUGAAAAGUUUCUAAACAUCAAAAAAAACUAUGAAGAGUAAUAAGCAAUAAGGAACUAAAUCAAAUCACUAUUUGGUGUGACUCCCACCCCCUCCCGCCUUUAAAAAUGCAUCGCUUCCCUUGGGUACGCUGUUGUGCAGUUUUAUAAGAAAAUCGGCUGGUAGGCUGUUCCGAGCAUCCUGGAGAACUUGCCACAGUUCUUCUGUGGACUCUGGCCGACUGGCUUGCUCCUGCCUCCCCGUGGAGUCUCAGACCAACAGGCCAACUGAAGCCAUACAAAAGGUCCCAGGGUGCCCUGAGACCUUUGCACGCUACUGUACUUUGGACCUGGUGUGUGUCCAAGAUCUGUGCAGGAAAUGGAAGGGUGUGGAGAUUGCGUAGGCGGGAGGCAUUAGUAUAGUUGGCAUUCAGUUGCUACUGUAAUUGGUUUGGCACAACAUUGUGGGCCUAUUCUACUAAUCCAGAUUAUCAUACAAUUCCCUUUUAUCUGAACCAUAUAUUCUGCAUUUACACACACACAUAAUAGCAUAUUUCCAACAGAACUGCCCAUCCUGCUUGCUAUGAGCAGCACAGUGUAUCCUUUGCUGGUAAAGCAAGCCGGGAUUUUAUACACGGUGGUCACGUAAUCGGUUAUCUCUUGGCCAUGGGAUCCCUGGCCAUUUCCUCUCCUGGUUUGGGCGUGUGUCAGUGAGUUGCCGCAUCAAUAAUUGCUCCUGAGCUUCCUGUGCUAAUAUUCAGAGCGGCAUUCGAUUGAGAAUUUGUUUUGAUAACUUGCAUCUCAUCUGAACAGCUUGGGGUUUUAUACAGUUAUGUCCAUGAUUGUUUCUACUGUCACUUUGUUGAAUGGUUGAGGAAGAACUGGGUGUGUACCUAGAGAUUUAUAUGAAUCGAGCACCAUAUGCUCAUCCCUUGAUAAUUUUGAUAACGGUGAAAAUGUUAUUGAAUGGUGGAUUUAAAAUGUGCUUAUUCAAGGUAUCUGACUUGCACAAGCAGAUUAUUUUCUCAGCUAUUGUAAAUUGGACGUGAAGAUUCGUCAGACACACCGUUAAAACAUGAUGUUGAAUUACAUUAUUUUCAAAGUCGCGUUCGUUGUCACGUGCAAGUAUAUAAAUGCAGGAUUGCAAUAAAUACUCAUCUCCUUCU